ACUUACUCUUUAUUUACAGUUGCGGUUGCAUUUCACACAAAUAUAUUUCAUACUCCACUGCGACCUAAAUGCAUAUUUAACAUAAAUGGAGAUAGAUAAGGAAUUGCCUAAUAAAGAAACGCGAGAACGAAUUUUGUACGACGAGGACCUGCAUGAAACUCCAAGAAAAAGUUUUUUAGACUUGAAUGACGAUUGCUGGAUCGUAAUAUGCGAUUGGUUAUCGUAUCAAGACCUUUUAAAUCUCUCUAAAGUGUCCUCUGCGUAUAAGGAGUUUGUGGGAAACUGUCUGUUACCGUUCAAAGUGACGAAAUGGGAAAUCACUUUUUCAAAAAAACGCGAGUGCAUGAACCUGGAGGAUUUUGAUUAUAUUAUUAAAUCCAUACAUCUUACGGUUAAGCAGCUUCAUUUGUAUUCCCUGCCUGUUACAUAUUUUGAAGCGCUUAAAUCCUAUUGCUUUACAUGUGUGACCGAAGCCCAUGUGACCACGGACCAUUACAUGAAAGCCGCAGAUAACGCAGCGCUCACUUCCAUGUUCCCGAAUUUGCGAACCUUUUCGCCGCAUGGCCUUUGUGCCAGUGCGACAAUAGUGCUGUUCCGCCAUUUAGAGAAUUUGACGCUGACCUACUGUCGUAACUUUAGUGUUAAAGAUUUUCGACGCGUACUUGUAGCGCUGCAUUUGAAAUCUUUAACUUUAGAUAUUUUUAAGCCAAACACUUUAAGACAUUCGCGUUUAAAUGCGUUGGAAAGUCCACACUUAAGUAAAAUCGAGCAUAUAACUUUAAAUUGUAGUGAAUUAGACUGGCUAUGCUUUUCUGAUCGUAACAACACAGUUUCGUUUCAAAACCUUAAGGUCUUAGUAUUAAAAGGUCACAUUUUGGGUAAGAAGACAGUUGACAAGUUCUUUAGAAAUAUACAAUCGCUCGUGCCACAUAAUCCAUAUGAAAUAGAGAUGUCCAACGUAAGCUAUGAUCUGCUUUGUAAAAUUAUGGUCCCAGAAAAGAACACUUUUUUGAAAAGCGUGAAAAUACUCAAAUUUAUACAUGUCAGUAUCAGACUGGACGUGUUUGGUGUGCCCUGCAGAUAUCGAGAUCUUAGAGAGCUUUAUUUUCUCUAUUGCUAUGCAGAAUUUUCCGAGGAGGUGCUGACAAUUUUGUCAAAUUCUAAACACUUAGACGUACUCAGUUUCGAAAAGUGCCACACGCCAUACAUUAUUCUAUACGAAGAUUUUCUGAAAGAAACUUUAAGAAGGCGUGAAAAGCCAUUAACAUUGAAUUGGUACUCGGAGCAAAACGAUUUAGAAGUACAUUGGGGAAACCAACCACAGGAUAUGCUGAAAUGUACGAAAGAGCCGCAUGUUGCUAGUAAAUUGGAUGAUUCGAUGACAAUACUAUUUAAAUGAAAUUUCGUGGAUAAAGAGCAGAAUCCCGCAAAGCGAGAUUGCAUCGAAUUGCGCGUCUACGCAGUAAAGAAGCAACAAAAUACGUGUGCGUAAACCUCGGGUAGCAGCAUCCGUUGCGCAUUUUCUUAAUUAUUAUGAGGCAUCCAUCGACUGCAACAAAAUUUGAAAUUAUGCUAUAAUCAUUUACUGAAAUAAAAUAAAGCUCCGUUAAUACGUAAUGUAUGAGAUUGAUAAGUCAUA